CGGAGACUCGGCGGAGACGCUGGGGUAGGCGGCGGCGGCGGCUGUGGCGGAGGCGGCGGCGGAGGCGCGGGGCUGCUGGAGGCGGAGAGGCGCGGAGGAGCGCGGGGCCGCCGCCACCGGCCCCGAGAGAUUUGUAAGACUCCAGGGCCUUCAAGCUGUGAUUAGUCCGAUAGUUCCUGAAAUGACUGGGAAAACAGACGUUUUGUGUGCCAAUUGAAGAGUGUAUGUCUGUGUGUAUUUAAAACCUUUCCAUACUUACUCGAGAAGACGGGCUUAUUCUUGUGCGCACUUGAAGAGUUGUGUACAACUGAUGAAAAUUAAUCUAAGAAUCAGAUGGAGCAACUUGACACCACUGGGCUCAGGAGCCCGGGGAGAAAAACACAUCACUAAUGGCCAGUUUUCCAUAUGGUCUUCACGGGUAAAGAAAGUUUGCAAAAAGAAGAAAAAAAAACUUGCACAGAUCGAGCCUCAAAAAUACCUCUCCAGUUUAAAGAAGGAAUUAAGUGAGAAGGUGACUGAGGGAAAAGUGUGAUUUCAAGCCUUGCAGGUGGGAGCGUGAAGUGUUUUUUGCACUUUAUUUUUCAGUGGGUCUGGUGAUUUGGACAAACAUAAAAAUUCUGGACUAAAAAGUGACUCACCAUGUGGUUCUGACUGAAGGAAAGCCAGUUAGGGUGUGAUGGGACAAGUGUGAACAAUGAACUGAUUCCUUUGCCUUUUUUUUUUUUUUUUUUGUCUUCAGUUAACUGUAUUUGAGAAAUUUUAAUUUAUUAUUUUCCCUUUUCCUUUCCUGUAUCUAUAGGACAAUAGCUUAAGGUAGCAAUUGAAACUGAUGAUUACAAAAUAAUUAUCAAGGCGCAUUCAAGUAAAUCUUCCUCCUUUGGACUGUGCAUGUGACGUUUGGAGACAGUCCCCGAAGGUCGGCAGCAAAGCGCCCAUCAGCCCCGCGCGUCGCUCUUCAGGGAGACAGUGGGGAAGAGCUCGCCUCCCCUCCUGCCUGUGUUCGAGUUUUAAGGGAUUCUCUUCCCUAUUGAUCCAGGAAGACGUGCACGUAAGAGGAGGACGACUUGAUGGACUAAUUCUGAGAUUAGUUUUUUUUCCUUCUCGGUGGAAAAGUAUGUAGUCUGUAGGAGCAGAAGGGGGAGAGGUGACUAGGAGAGGAGAAAGAGGACGCAGCCUGCCACCCGGCUCCGCGCCGUUUGUCUGCAGGAGGAGUUCGGGUUUGCCCGAGGCCAGCCCUGGGACUCUUCUGAGGUCAGGGGCUUUCUCCCCCACCCCUAUGCAACCAAGGGGUGCACCAGCCUGCAGAGGGUCCCUCCCUGGGGACACAGCCACCUGCUAGGAAGCCAGGCUGGGCUUUCAAGCUGGAGGUUUCUGGUUCUGAACAUUGGGGAAGGGAGACCCUUUUUCUCCUAAAAUUUGGACUGCUGUCUGCACAAACUCUGGUUUGCACGGUUUGUGUGCCUUUUCUCCCCUUUAUGCAAUCUUUUUCAGCUUUAGCAGCAGAAAUUUGUCUCAUUGAGAAGAUAAGCCAGAGGGUAGCUUCGGAAGGAAGAUGAUCCCCAGUGUUCUGUCUCUGUAACUGAAUGUUUGAAGAGAAAAUUCCAGCUCGAGGGAUUCUUAAAGCCUUAAGUUACUUGAAAUCUAUGUAUUUGCAACCCUUUGUCUCUGGAAUCACAUUACAAAACUGGAAUCUCAGGCUGAGUGAGAAGAACCAAGUUGAGUGAAAAGAACACUCAGUUUCUUUAUCACCACUGGUUAAUGAUGCUCUUUCUCCAAAGGGUCAGCCCGCUCUUCCUCUAAGGACUUGAAAAUAGAAAUGGACCCCACAUUUUUUUUAAGCAUUACCUUUUCUUAGCAGACUGCCGUCAUCUUUUAUAGAGGAAUUUUUUCACUAUGCAUUUGUUGGAUCUUUAUAAAAUACUGACCUUCUAAUCAGAACCAGGUCAGUCUUAAUUAAAGGGGGUCUGGGAACACAGCGCAAGCCAACCGCAGAAAUAAAACACGUCAAUGAAAGGAAUUGGUUUAACUUUUUCGGCAUUUAGCAUUACUUUUUUUAAGUAAAACGGUUCUUCCAAAAAAAGUAUGUAUGCGGCAGUGGAGCAUGGGCCCAUCCUCUGCAGCGACUCCAACAUCCUCUGCCUGUCCUGGAAGGGCCGUGUCCCCAAGAGCGAGAAGGAGAAGCCCGUGUGCCGGAGGCGCUACUACGAGGAGGGCUGGCUGGCCACGGGCAACGGGCGGGGUGUCGUCGGGGUGACCUUCACCUCCAGCCACUGCCGCCGGGACAGGAACACUCCGCAGAGAAUCAACUUCAACCUGCGGGGCCACAACAGUGAGGUGGUGCUGGUGAGGUGGAACGAGCCCUACCAGAAGCUGGCCACGUGCGACGCGGAUGGUGGGAUAUUCGUGUGGAUCCAGUACGAAGGGCGGUGGUCCGUGGAGUUGGUCAAUGACCGCGGGGCCCAGGUGAGUGACUUCACGUGGAGCCACGAUGGGACUCAAGCACUUAUUUCCUAUCGAGAUGGGUUUGUCCUGGUUGGUUCUGUCAGUGGACAAAGACACUGGUCAUCUGAGAUCAACUUGGAAAGUCAGAUCACGUGUGGCAUAUGGACUCCUGAUGACCAACAGGUCCUCUUUGGCACGGCGGACGGGCAGGUGAUCGUCAUGGACUGCCACGGCAGGAUGCUGGCCCACGUCCUCCUGCACGAGUCGGACGGCAUCCUCAGCAUGUCCUGGAACUACCCCGCCUUCCUGGUGGAGGACAGCAGCGAGAGCGACACCGACUCCGACGACUACUCCCCGCCCCAAGAUGGUCCGGCCGCCUAUCCCAUCCCGGUGCAGACCAUCAAGCCGCUGCUCACCGUCAGCUUCACCUCGGGAGACAUCAGCCUGAUGAGCAACUACGACGACCUGUCUCCCACUGUCAUCCAGUCAGGGCUGAAAGAGGUGGUGGCCCAGUGGUGCACCCAGGGAGACCUCCUGGCGGUCGCUGGUAUGGAACGGCAGACCCAGCUCAGUGACCUUCCCAACGGCCCUCUUCUGAGGAGUGCCCUGGUCAAGUUCUACAAUGUUCGUGGGGAGCACAUCUUUACACUGGACACGCUUGUGCAGCGCCCCAUCGUCUCCAUCUGCUGGGGACACCGGGACUCUCGGCUGCUGAUGGCGUCAGGACCGGCCCUGUAUGUGGUACGCGUGGAGCACCGGGUGUCCAGCCUGCAGCUGCUCUGCCAGCAGGCCAUUGCCAGCGCCCUGCGAGAGGACAAGGACGUCAGCAAGCUGACCCUGCCCCCCCGCCUUUGCGCCUACCUCUCCACUGCCUUCAUCCCCACCAUCAAGCCCCCGAUUCCAGACCCCAACAACAUGCGAGACUUUGUCAGCUACCCGUCAGCCGGCAGCGAGCGCCUGCACUGCACCAUGAAGCGCACGGAGGACGACCCGGAGGUGGGCGGCCCCUGCUACACCCUCUACCUGGAGCACCUGGGCGGGCUCGUGCCCAUCCUCAAGGGGCGGCGCAUCAGCAAGCUGCGGCCCGAGUUCGUCAUCAUGGACCCGCGGACCGAUGGCAGAGCAGAUGAAAUCUAUGGGAACAGCUUGAUUUCUACCAUGAUUGACAGCUGCAACUGCUCAGACUCCAGUGACAUCGAACUGAGUGACGACUGGGCCGCCAAGAAGUCUCCCAAAAUCUCCCGGGCUAGCAAAUCACCCAAACUCCCAAGGAUCAACAUCGAGGCCCGCAAGUCCCCCAAGCUGUCGCGGGCCGCUCAGGAGCUGUCACGCUCCCCGCGCCUGCCGAUGCGCAAGGCAUCCAUCGGCUCGCCCAGCCUGACGCGGAGGGAGUUUCCUUUUGAAGACAUCACUCAGCACAACUAUCUUGCUCAGGUCACGUCUAAUAUCUGGGGAACCAAAUUUAAGAUUGUGGGCUUGGCUGCUUUCCUGCCAACCAACCUCGGUGCAGUAAUCUAUAAAACCAGCCUCCUGCAUCUCCAGCCGAGGCAGAUGACCAUCUAUCUCCCGGAGGUUCGGAAGAUUUCCAUGGACUCUGUGAACUUACCUGUCUUCAACCCGAACGUCUUCAGUGAAGAUGAAGAUGACCUACCAGUGACAGGAGCAUCUGGUGUGCCUGAGAACAACCCACCUUGCACCGUCAACAUCCCUAUCGCACCCAUCCACAGCUCGGCUCAAGCUAUGUCCCCCACGCAGAGCAUCGGGCUGGUGCAGUCCCUGCUGGCCAACCAGAAUGUGCAGCUGGACGUCCUGACCAAUCAGACCACAGCCGUGGGGGCGGCGGAGCACGCAGGCGACAGUGCUCCCCAGUACCCAGUGGCCAACCGCUAUUCCAGCCCUGGCCAGGUGAUCUUCGGAGGUGUGGAGAUGGGCCGCAUCCUCCCCAACCCCCCUCAGCUGUCCCUGCCGCCGCCAGCCCAGGGGGCCAUCACGCUGACCGCGGUGGACCAUGGAGACCGUGACCACGAGCACUUGCAGAAGCCAGCCAAGGCCCUGCGGCCAGUGCCGCAGUUGGACGAGGGGGAUGCGGUGGUGUUCAGUGCCCCCCAGGAGGUCCAGGUGGCGAAGGUGAACCCCCCACCCCCCUACCCCGGAACCAUCCCCGCAGCCCCCACCACGGCCGCGCCGCCGCCCCCGCUGCUGCCCCCGCAGCCCCCGGUGGACACGUGCUUGAAGAAGAGUGACUUCUCCCUGUACCCCACGGCGGCGCACUACCAGCCACCCCUGGGCUACGAGCGGAUCACCACCUUCGACAGCAGCGGCAACGUGGAGGAGGUGUGCCGGCCCCGGACGCGGAUGCUCUGCUCCCAGAACACCUACACGCUCCCCGGGCCCGGCAGCUCGGCCACCCUGCGGCUCACGGCCACCGAGAAGAAGGUCCCCCAGCCCUGCACCAGCGCCACCCUGAACCGCCUGACGGUCCCGCGUUACUCCAUCCCCCCGGGGGACCCGCCCCCCUAUCCCGACCUGGCGGCGCUGGGCCCCAGCAGGGGCGCCGGGCAGAGGCCGGACGCCGGCCUCAUCCACGCCACGCUGCGCAGGAACAACCGCGAGGCGGCGCUCAAGGCGGCGCAGCUGGCCGAGCCCCCGCGGCCGCCGCCGCACCCGCCCAAGCCCAAGGCGGCGCAGUUCCCGGCGCGGCCCCCGCCCGCCCUGUACACCUGCAGCCAGUGCAGCGGCGCGGGCGCGGGCGCGGCGGGGCGGCCGGAGCCCGGCGCGGGGCCUGGCGCCUCCCCGCUGACCUCGCAGUCGUCCUACAGCCUCCUGAGCGCGGCCGACAGCGCCCGCGAGCGCGCCGACUAUGUCAACUCGGCCUUCACCGAGGACGAGGCGCUGGCCCAGCACUGUCAGGCCGACAAGGCCCUGAGGCACCCCGCGCUGAGCGAAGCCACGGUGGCCGUGAAACGGCCGCCCCCGUACCAGUGGGACCCCGUGCUGGGGGAGGACGUUUGGGUUCCUCAGGAAAGGACAGCACAGACGGCAGUGCCCAACCCCCUGAAACUGCCCCCUCUGAUCGUGGGUCAGAGCCAGCACCUGGACGUGUCCCGAGUGCCCUUCGUCUCCCCCAAGUCUCCCGCCAGCCCUACUGCCACUUUCCAGACAGGCUAUGGGAUGGGAGCGCCCUACCCAGGAGGCUACACCACCUCCCCGCUGCCGGGAGUGCAGGCGCCCUGCUCCCCGAAGGAGGCCCUGGCCCCGCCACCGUUUGCACAGCAAGAGUCCUCCGUGGUCCUUCAGCCCGCCUACCCGGCCAGCCUCUCCUACUGCCCCCUGCCCCCCAUGUACCCGGGAAGCAGCACCUGCUCCAGUUUACAGCUGCCGCCCAUCGCCUUGCACCCCUGGAAUUCCUACAGCGCGUGCCCGCCCGUGCAGAACCCCCAGGGCACCCUCCCCCCCAAGGCACACUUGGUGGUGGAGAAGCCCCUGGUGUCCCCCCCACCCACGGACCUCCAAAGCCACUUGGGUACAGAGGUGAUGGUAGAGACCGCAGACAACUUCCAGGAAGUCCUCUCCCUGACGGAAAGCCCGGUCCCCCAGCGAACAGAGAAAUUCGGAAAGAAGAACCGGAAGCGGCUUGACAGCCGAGCAGAGGAGGCCAUCACGGAGGGCAAGGUGAAGAAGGAGGCUCGGACUUUGAGUGACUUUAAUUCCCUCAUCUCCAGCCCCCGUUUGGGGAGAGAAAAGAAGAAAGUGAAGAGUCGGAAAGACCAGCUCAAGUCGAAGAAGUUGAAUAAGACAAAUGAGUUCCAGGACAGCUCUGAGAGCGAGCCCGAGCUGUUCAUCAGCGGGGAUGAGCUGAUGAACCAGAGCCAAGGCAGCAAGAAGGGCUGGAAGAGUAAGAGGAGCUUGAGGGCAGCCAGCGAGCUGGAGGAGUUCAAGUGCAGGAAAGCCAGUGAGAAGGAGGACGGGCGGCUGGGCAGCCAGGGCUUCGUGUACGUCAUGGCCAACAAGCAGCCGCUCUGGAAUGAGGCCACCCAGGUGUACCAGCUGGACUUCGGGGGGCGGGUGACCCAGGAGUCGGCAAAGAACUUCCAGAUCGAGCUGGAGGGGCGGCAGGUGAUGCAGUUUGGAAGGAUCGACGGCAACGCGUACAUCCUGGACUUCCAGUACCCCUUCUCGGCUGUGCAGGCCUUCGCGGUGGCCCUGGCCAACGUGACGCAGCGCCUCAAAUGAAGACACUGGAUGGGGAGAGAGGCCUGACGCAGACCCACGGCCCGGUGCCCGGGGACCGAAGCCAGGGCAGAACUGGAAACACCUGUCGGGCCCAGGACAGGGCACUGACCCUCCAUUGUUGCUUGUUUGGGCUUUUAUUAGCCUUUGUUGUCUUUCUUCUUCUUCUGUUUUUUUAAACAAAAGCGAAACACAGGAGAGCUUAUUUGGAAGCAGAGGGUGUGAGGCAGCUGGAGCUCUUUAGAGAGCACGGUCGCCGUGGGACUGUCCUACUGGGUUGCUCGUGUCGGCCUCAGGACAAGGACAGCCUGGCGUGGGCAUGGCUCUCACUCUCCACAACAUCUAGCUCGCAUUAUUCCUCCAACACCACCACUAGUGUAAAGAGAAAAUCCUUAAAAACACGACCAAAAAAUCCUGAAGGUACAGGUUCUCGUGGGGACAACAUUUAAUUCACACAUAUUAUGUAUUUCCCCCAGAGAUCACUUGAUUAAUGAAGGGUCUUUUGGCAGAUGCACUGCGUUUGAUUCAAGUAGGCUUUUUAUUGGGGGUGCUACCACCAGGUGCACAUACGAUUUGCUCCCAAGGAUUCGGGGGGUGACUGGGGAGGAGGCAGGCCUGCCUGGGUGUCUCGGGUGGCCCACGAAGUGUGACUUGAAGCAGUGCAGGGGCUCCGCUCCUCUUCAGAGGAUGUUGACAUGGGAGAUGCUGCUGGUUUUGUGCUGUGUCAGAACUCCGCUGGUUCAGUGACGGUUCAGUCCCGAUGACCUGGGGGAGCACUCCGGCGGGUGGCGGGGCAGCGAUUUCCUGGGUCAUGGGCAGCCGUCAUCCCCUCUCGCUGUCUGAUCGGGAGCCAUGGCGGGGAUGUUCUCUUUCCGUUAGGUAACACUGUUCUCUGCUUUCUCUAAAACGCCUGACAAUGCUGAGUUGAAAUCACUCCUUUCCUCUCUUUGGCUGUAUCAAAAUUCACUUCACUUGUUUUCCAACAGAUUAGAAAUGUAGCCGAACACGUUAAGGGUUUGCCGGAGUGUGAAAAGACAAGUUAUAAUCACCUCUGACAGGAGCCCCACAAGCUUCUCUACCAAAAAAAGAAAGAAGGAAGGCAGCGUUGUUUAUCAGCUGUACAGACUUUAAUACGGAAGCAAGCCCCUGGGAGAACUCGGUUAAGGGUACACUACCUAACGCCAGUGGCUAACUGCCCUUUGUUAAUUGCAGAAACAGAAACAAACGCCACCCGAGGUCGUCUUCUCCCGCCCCGAUAACAAGACCCAGUUCCGAGGUGGCAGGCAGUCCUCUCUGCGAGGUGGUCUAGGGCAGGAGCCAAGGACUGCCUACUGGUUUAGGGCCCUAAAUUUGGAUUUUGUUUGAAAACAGGCCAGUGGGAGGUACUGCAGAAAAGUAUCCCCCCCCCCACCAAUUUUUAAUCCCUCACUGCAGUUUAAAAAUUAGAAAAGAGACAGGCCCAGAGCAAGAUGGCCUCACUUAAGCAUUUGCUCCAGACCCCAAAGAAACCCAGGUAAGGUGUGAAAGUUGGUGAGACGCAUCUCCAGCUAAUACCAGAGUUGCCCAUUUUAUAUGUGAAAACAUUGAACCUGAUUCUUUGGCGGGUAAAUUUUUCCAGAAAGAAUUUAGCAGUGCAUUCAGAAUUAUAUAAUUCUUUUAUAUGAGUUUCUGUAGCUUAAUAUGAUGUUUCAGUGCUUAUUAUUAGUUGUGCAAUAAUGGUUAUAGCCUAUUUCUAAAUAAUUUAAAUGCAGUUCCCCUGUUUUAUUGUUCAAGAGUUAAUUAUUUAUCUUGCUUUAGUAGUUUUUGUAGGAGUUAUUUCGUUGCUAUGUUCUGGUGAGUUACGCCCAUUUUAUUAUUUAUUUAGAAAAAUAGUAUGUUUGUAACGACUUAUUUGGUGGCAGUAUAUUUUGCUGCAAGAAAUAAAGAGGAUAUGAUAGAAGGUUUUUUUGCUGGACAAUUUGUAACGUGUUUUAAUUGGGGAAAAAAUCCUAUUAAUCCUUUAAAAGUAACUUUUUUUUUUUUUUUUUUGCAUUCUGUGGUAUGAGUUAUAUACAAAGGAGAAGGUUUCUUUGAGAUAACAUAUCCUAAAGUAAGAUUUCUUGUUCUGUUGGAAAUUUUAUUUUUAAUUAAAAAUAAAACGACAUGAAAUAAGACUUAGGAGAACAAUAGCAAAGAAAGAAAUGAGUUACACGUGUCGAUGUUUGGAGUUCUGAUUAGUUUUUGAGAAAGACCACAAAAGUGUACCUUUUGGAACUUUUCUUAAUGAGAGCAAAUAUAGAGGGGAAUCCUUGGGAUGAAAACUGUAAAAGCAUGUGAAGAGAAAGUUGGUGUUCUUAAAAAAGUUAUUAACUAAACUUGCUAAGUUCCGAGCGCACGCCCCAAAGCCCUUUUCCCCGCGUGGGGACAGAGGCCCGCCUCAGAGGUUUUGCUCACGUGGGAGUCUGCCCUGCCCAGCUCCGUGCCCCAGCCUGAAGGAGGGGGCAGUCUCACAUGCCAGCCAGCCAGAAACAGCUGUCUGCAGUGGUCGUAGUGCAGCGUUGUCUCAGUUAAUGGUGAGGUUUCCACUUAUUUUAAAAAUUGUUUUCAUCCAUUCAGUCUCAAUUUUUAAUACUACCGAAGUCAGUACUUUAAGCAGCAGAGUUUGACAUAGUGUUUAUUAGCAGCAGUUUAUGAAUAUUAAGAUACCUCAUUGAAUCUCUAAAGAUAAAAACAUGAGCCCAGUAAAUAGUCAGUGACAAAGAAUUAUGUCUUUUUGAGAGAGGCAGUAUACUGACAAACAUAAAAUUGUCUCUCUGACAGUUUAGAGCACUCCUGUUGUAGCUCAGUGGGUUAAGAACCUGACUAGUAUCCGUGAGGCUGCAGCUUUGAUCCCUGGCCUGCUCAGUGGGUUAAGGACCUGGCGUGGCUGUGAUGUAGGCCAGCAGCUGUAGCUCCAAUUUGACCCCUCGGCCGGGAACCUCCAUAUGCUGCAGGUAUGGGCCUAAAAAGAAAAAGGAAAAAAAAAAAUUUAAUUUAGUUUAACCUCGUCAAACAAAAGGCACAGCUUUGAGAAAAACUGGUUACCAAGAAAGCAGGAAAAUGUCAAAGCUCUGGUGGCAGAGUCAGUCUCAGGGUUUGCAGUAUUUUUCAUCCAUGGCUGUUGCUUCCGUGUCCGGUGGCCCAUGAGGGCAUAUGCGAAAUUGCGUGAUCAGAGUGGAAAGUCAGGUGCCCAGGAUCAAGCGGCUCUGCCUCGGGCCUCCAUUUGUCCAUCUGUGAAGUGAAAGCGCGGCCUGGACGAUCUUCUAAACUCCUGUCGUCCAGCUCAAACGGCCUGAGGGCCUGAAACGUAACAGUUCAUCUUCCACUUCACAAACUCAGAAGGUAGGUUUCGACACAUUGCCCUUUGUAGAAAAGUAUUUUCCUAUAUUAACGAGCUACCUACUGAAUGUAAACCAGUGCAUUUAAAAUAAUAUCCUAGGAAGGUUCACUCCUGGAAACAAAUGCAUUUGGCAUCAUGUUUGUUCUCAUAAAAUUAUGCAAAAGCACCAAUUCCAGGUAAGACGGAGGCGCCUCUGCAUUGGUGUGCCCUGCUCGGUGGACACCCUUGAGAACAGCCUGAAAACAGGUCUCCGCUUGCCCUAAAGACCGUGGAGUGGGUUGAAAAGAGACAGGGGGUGUCUGCCUGGGCUGGCUUGGCUUGAGCUCCGGCGCGUGCUGUGCAGUGUUACACCAUCUUCGUGUGUGGGUUUCUCGAGAAGGAACCCGUGGUGUCGGCACGUGGGCCUCUACCAUUUGGCCAAGUCAGUGGUGGUGAACAAAGUCAGCUGAGACAAAAUGUGUGCCAAAUGUUGUCGGAGUCCCUGGGAUUUUGAAACAGCUCACAACCCAAAGCUCUUCGCCAUUGUUCUUUUCCUUAUCUCUGGCUGAUGAAACUCUGAAGGCUUGGGCUUUCAUUUCUUUGGCUUUGUGCCGUUUUCUUGUAACUUCUACCUAUGUUUUCUGUUUACAAGUUCUCUUAAAGGGGAGAGGGAGGGUUCUAAGAUCUCGUUGUUUAUUGUAGAUGAAGUUUCUUUGGGGUUGUAGAAAAGCAUGGGUUAUGCGUUUGACUGAAAAAGGCACUGUGUUAUUUACUAAAGGGGUAUUGUUUUUGCAUUUGUUUACAAAUGCAUUAUUUUGGUACUGUAAAUAUGGACAUAAUUUCUGAGUUUAUUACUCCUGGCAUUUUUUCCCCUCUUUUCCUAACUAAGUGCGUGGUACACAAGUCCCAGGCCAAGCCAGACCACCAGCGUGUUCUUGUCCCUGCCUCAAGGGCAGGUAGCGCUCUGCUUCGUGUGUCCAAAUCCCUCUCACGUGGAUUUGUUUGUCUUUUAACUCAACAUCCUGCUUUGUUUUACUUUCCAAGCAAAAUCUGUUGAGAUUCCUGAUUUGCAUAUUCUAACGAGUUCACCCUUAUUUGCUUCUCGUCUGUGUAGCUUGUGUAUUAGAAUGUGCAGGAGGUAUUCUAGAAGGCUUAAUGGUUUGCAUUCAAAAUGACGUUGUUUGUCCAAAUUUUUUUCUGUCCUUAUAAUUGAGAUGGAUUAAUCUUAUCUUUUCUUGAUGAUUUGAAGUUGUAAGAGUUGUCCAGCUGUUGCUUAAUAAAAUUUUGCAGAUUAGAAAAAAAAAA